AUGGCAAUUCUCAAAGACUUCCGCGAAAGGCUCAAAUCCUUCAGCCCGAAGGAGAGGAGGGCCAUCUUCUUCUACAUCUGCGGCAUCAUGCUAUACAAAUUCGGCCUGGAGGCGUUCAACGGUUCCAUCACUGCACUGGCGACCAACCGAUACGACUACGAGAGCGACACCAACGGUACCCCCUCGCGCACCUUUGAGCGUCUCGGUUUGCUCCAGGGGCUGAACCAGGCGACACAGUGUGUCGGCUCCAUUCUCAUCGCCCCCCUCAUUAAGCACUACCCAACUAAGAACGUAUUGUCGUCUGCCAUCCUGCUUUUCGGCCUGAUGACGGCAAUACUACUUGUCCUCGAUGCCGCGACUGGCGGCACCUUUGUCCCGGAAGCCUACCGCAAGAAGCACCCCAAGGACGAGUGGUCCUACUAUGGCGACUAUAACAAUGACGCCAUCAUCCCCAUCUACACCGUCACAGGUAUCGCCUAUGGCAUGGUCGAGCUAAUCCGACGUGUCAUCCCCCGAGACAUCGUCGGAGGCAACGUCCAGAAGCUCCGUCAGAUGGACAGUCUGGUGCACAUCUUUUACGAAGUCGCUGGUACCUCAGGCGCUUUCGUCACCGCCCUCGUUUUGAUCCCCAACCUCGGCAACAACCGAUCUUUCGUCAUCACUCCGAUCUGCUUCUCGUUUGCCGCCAUCCUGUGGUUCUUCGUCGUUGACGGAAGCUACGAGCGCAACGCACUUGCCCGAGCCGAGGCACGCAAGAGCAAUUACUUUGUUGCCAUCGGCAAAGGCUUUCUCCUCUUCUUCGAGUCUAUCUGGGUCGGCGCCAAGAUCCUCUUCACAUCGACACGAUUUGUCUGGCUCGUCCCGGCAUACGGCGUCGCUCUUUACGGCCACCGAUACCUCGAGAACGGCGUUGCGCCCCAGGUUGCGCGUCGCUACCUCGGCAAUUCGGCUUGGUCGCAGAUCAUGGUGGGAGGCUCCAACUUUGGCGAACUCCUCGGCGCCCUCUUCGUCUUCCUGUUUACGAAUGUCAUCAAGACGCCCAUCCCCUGGUUGCGACUGGAUGCCCUCAUGCUGUUGAUUGUCUGGUAUAUCCCCUAUUGGUACCCGCCCUCGGGUCAGGUCGGUCAGGCUUGGAUCGUUGCUGCUACGUUCCUCCCGGUAUCCUUUGGAUGGGCUGCUGGCGACGUGUCUCUCGCUGCUUUCAUUCAGGCCUCACUGGCACGUCUCGAAAGCAAGGAGCAUCGGGUAUCUCCCCUCGGUGCCGUCAUGGCCUUCUUGUACUCGUUCUACAUUGUCACCUACGCGAUCGCCGGCACCUUCCUGGGACGGUACCUCGACGGUGUCUACAACCGCACCGGCUCCGUGCGUGAGGCGCUGGUAAACACGGCGGGAGUUCACUUCACUAUCAUCAUGGUUGUUGUUUUCGCGUCGACGUUCAUUCCCAAGGGUUCCCACGCUUUCAACCCGGAAAUGCUGGAUGACACAAAGCUUGACGAAGAUGUUGAGGAGUCUCCGUCGCCGUCAGAGAAGGACAUGGUGGAUGAUCCCAAGCUAAAUGAGAAGGCACCCGCCAUUGUUGUUUGA